UGUUUAUUCCAAGUCUAGCUCAUGAGAGUUGAUUGGUUUAUUAAAGAGUUAUAUGGCCUUGUCAAAAAUAUAAAUAAAUAAGAGAGGAGUAUUAUGAUUAUAUAUAUAAAGGGGUUAAUUAUGUGAGAUUGAACAAUAUUGAGAAAAUAAUAAGAGAGAUUAUGUCAAAAAUGUCGAGUCCUAGCAGUUCAGAGAUUGAAGAGAAAAGAGUUACUUCAAUUAUUCAUGAAGUUGUUGAAGUUGAUUGCUCUACUGAACAAGAGGUUACAAAGGAAGACAAACCAAAAUGUUCUAAAGAGGAGAUGGGUGAGGUGAAAGAAGAAAACGAAAGAUUGAAGACGAUGCUAUCGCGAGUUGAAAAAGAUUACAAUUCCCUUCAACUCCGUUUCUUUGACAUCGUUAACAAAGACGUUUCUAUGAAAGAUAUAGAAGAUUCAUCAACUAAUUCACACGAAGAAAUCGAUGAAGAACCCGAGUUUGUGUCACUUUGCCUUGGAAGAAGUCCAAAUGAGUAUAAGAAAGAUGCAAAAAACAUUGAAAACCCUAACAAACCUAAAGAGAAAGAAGAUAUGGAAGUUAACCUAAGUCUUGGAUUAGACUCUAAAUAUAUGGUUCCAAUGGAGUUAGUAUCUGAUUUGAGUCCAAUGAAUAGCUCAGAAGAAUUACCAAAGGAAGUUGAAGUUGAAGAAAAAGGAGCAAUAUUUUCAACAAAUAAAUCAACAAAAGUGAUAAAUGUAAAUGAUGAGAUUUCAGAACUAUUGCCUGCUAAAAGAGUCAGAGUUUCUGUGAGAGCUAAAUGUGAUACUCCCACGAUGAAUGAUGGAUGUCAAUGGAGGAAAUAUGGACAAAAGAUAGCAAAAGGAAAUCCAUGUCCAAGAGCUUACUAUCGUUGUACAGUUGCACCAGCUUGCCCAGUUAGGAAACAGGUCCAAAGAUGUGCUGAUGACAUGUCCAUCUUAAUCACAACAUAUGAAGGAACACACAAUCACCCUCUUCAAGUAACAGCAUCAGCCAUGGCAUACACAACUUCAGCUGCAGCUUCAAUGAUGGUAUCAGGUUCAUCAACAUCAUCAUCAUCAUCACAUCAAAAUCAAAAUAUCCAUCACAACAAUUCCACAUCUUUUGGAAAUUCACCAACACAAAUCAAUGGUCUAAAUUUCAAUCAUCACCAAUUUGAACAAUCAAGAACACCAAAACAACAUUUCUUCAUUCCACCAAACCAUAAUAAUUUGUUUCCAACAAUCACUCUUGACCUAACUUCUCCUUCAUCCUUAUCAUCAUCAAACAUACCUUCAAAUGUUCCGAGAUUUUCGCCAAAUAAUCUUAGUUUUUGUUCCACACAACAACCAAAUUUCACACCAAUAUCAUCCAUUUGGAACAAUAGUAACAAUAAAUUAGGGUUUAUUAACAAUAACACAAACCCUAAUAUUGAAAAAACUCAAGUUAGGCCUUUUAAUCAUUUCCAAGAAAAUUUCUAUCAAAAUCAAAAUUGCAUGACAAGUUAUCAAACCCCUUCAAGACAAGCUUUGGCUGAAACAAUAAGCAAAGCAAUUAGCACUGAUCCAAGUCUUCAUUCAGUUAUAGCUGCUGCAGUUUCGUCGAUUGUAGGACAAGGAUCAAACAAUGGUGGAAAGCAAGAAGAAAAUAGAGAGAAUGGUUUAGGUGCAGGGUUGAAUUUGAAACUUGGUGAGUAUCCUCAAAUGGUUUCAAACAAUUUGUUGAAUCAAAAUGGUAAGGGAUGCUUGAAGGGUUCAUACUUCAAAAGAUUGUCACCAACAACAAGUUCACAGGCUAAAAAUUUCAUGCUUCUUCAACCUUCAUUGCCAUUUUCUGUUUCUAAGAGCAGUGCUAGUAAACCUCCAUCCAUUGUUAACAAUAUCAACAAUUUUGAUCUAGAUAAGAACAAACAUAAUUAACACUUUUGAACUCAAAAUAGAAUUCAGAUCCUCCACUGAUGUUAUAUGGUACAACAGCUGGCUGUACCAUACAACAGUGGUAGAGGAUCUAAUUUCCUCAUAGGUUGUUUGAAUCUUCUGUCGCAGUUGUAGCCACGACAAAGUCGUUGAAUCUAACUUUAUAGAAUAAAAAAUUGUUUCUUUUAGAUUUAA